GGCUAGUGAGAGAAAGAGAGCAUUGCUUGUCUUAUAUAUAACUCUCCAAAGAGGCUCUCUUUCUUCUCUCCUCACUCGCCUUCCUCUUUCGUGUGAGAGAAGGUUGCAAAGAAUCAGAACAAGGAAGACUCUCUGCAUCUGCACGCUUCUCCCGCCAUGAUCUCGUUGAGCAGAUGCAGUUUUCUGAACAAUGUUGGCGUUUCUGGGUCGCGCAGUCCCGUUACUUACAAGCAGGGGAGACAGCCCCCAACGUUAGUUAGAGUGAUAGCUUCGAGCCCUGACAGAGACAAUGGCAGCGUCAUGACAGGGACCACAUUGAAGGAAUCCAGGGAAAAUGCUGCCUCUGUCCUGCAGGCUGACUCGAAACCCACCGUCUCUGGUGAGGUCCUCGACGUCACCGAGGAACACCUUGUCACCCCUUGGACCGUCUCCGUCGCUAGUGGGUAUUCUUUGUUGCGAGAUCCACACCACAACAAAGGGCUUGCCUUCACUGAGAAAGAAAGAGAUGCGCACUACUUGUGUGGUCUUCUUCCUCCACAAGUUACCCCUCAAGAACUUCAGGUGAAGAAACUAAUGCACAUGCUUCGGCAAUAUCAAGUUCCUUUGCAGAAGUACAUGGCCAUGAUGGAUUUUCAGGAGACAAAUGAAAGGCUGUUCUACAAACUUCUCAUUGACAAUGUUGAGGAGUUACUCCCUGUUGUCUACACUCCAACUGUUGGUGAAGCUUGCCAGAAAUAUGGGAGCAUCUUCCUGCGUCCGCGGGGUCUUUUCAUCAGUUUGAAAGAAAAGGGGAAGAUUCAUGAAGUUUUAAGAAAUUGGCCUGAAAAGAAUAUUCAAGUUAUUGUCGUAACUGACGGGGAGAGGAUUUUGGGUCUUGGGGACCUUGGUUGUCAGGGGAUGGGAAUACCUAUAGGGAAACUCUCACUGUAUACAGCAUUAGGAGGAGUCCGUCCUUCAGCUUGCUUGCCUGUUACCAUAGAUGUGGGCACAAACAAUGAGCAGUUGUUGAAUGAUGAAUUCUACAUAGGGCUUAGGCAAAGGAGAGCCACAGGUCAGGAAUAUGCUGAACUUCUACAUGAAUUCAUGACUGCUGUCAAGCGGAACUAUGGGGAGAAAGUUCUUAUUCAGUUUGAAGACUUUGCAAACCACAAUGCUUUUGAUUUGCUUGAGAAAUAUGGACCCACUCACCUUGUCUUCAAUGAUGAUAUUCAGGGUACGGCUUCUGUUGUCCUUGCAGGGCUUGUUGCUGCCCUGAAACUAGUUGGAGGAACAUUAGCUGACCACAGAUUCUUGUUUCUUGGUGCUGGAGAGGCCGGAACUGGAAUUGCAGAACUCAUAGCCCUUGAAAUAUCAAAACAGACAAAUAUGCCACUAGAAGAGGCUCGCAAAAAGAUUUGGCUUGUGGAUUCUAAGGGCUUAAUUGUGAAAUCCCGUGAGGAUUCACUUCAACAUUUCAAGAAGCCCUGGGCACAUGAUCAUAAGCCUAUCAAGGAACUUGUGGAUGCUGUUUAUGGAAUCAAGCCUACUGUGUUGAUUGGAACAUCAGGAGUAGGUAGAACCUUUACAAAACAAGUAGUUGGGGCCAUGGCUGCCUUGAAUGAGAAACCCAUCAUUUUUUCUCUUUCUAAUCCAACUUCACAGUCUGAAUGUACUGCUGAAGAGGCUUAUACAUGGAGUAAGGGACGAGCUAUUUUUGCUAGUGGGAGUCCAUUUGACCCUGUCACAUAUAAUGGCAAGGUCUUUGUGCCUGGACAGGCAAAUAAUGCUUACAUCUUCCCUGGAUUUGGUCUGGGUUUAAUAAUGUCUGGUACAAUCCGUGUUCACGAUGACAUGCUUCUUGCAGCCUCUGAAGCUCUGGCUGAACAAGUAACCCAGGAGAACUUUGACAAGGGACUCAUAUACCCACCAUUCAAGAACAUUAGAAAGAUUUCGGCACAAAUUGCUGCCAGAGUAGCUGCUAAAGCAUAUGAACUCGGUUUGGCUACUUCCCUCCCUCAACCUAAGGAUCUCGUGAAACAUGCUGAGAGCUGCAUGUACAACCCUAACUACCGAAGCUACCGUUGAAGUAGCUUGAAUGCCUGAACUUUUUGUUGUUUUAAAAAGGAUUACUCUAGCCAAAGAUGCAUGGAUAGUCAAUUUUUUCCCUAUUAGUUUCUUGUGCCUCACUUUUUAAGUUAUCUCUUCCCCUAUCCAUGGUGGUUGGGAAAGAAGCAUGGUGGGUGACGGCAGUUAUAUCAACCAAGUCAGAUCAUACUGUAGCAUUAAAAUGUCGUUCUUAAACUAUAGAACUUUCAAAUGAAAUAGAAAUUUCAAAUGGUC